AUGAAGACCGCCGCUUUCAUCGCCGUCGCCCUCUCCGGCCUUGCCCUCGCUGCCCCCAGCAUGAAGCGCGCUGGCACCGAGUGGAAGGACCUGACCGACCUCAAGUACGCCAACUCGGUCCCCGUCUCUAUUGCAAAGGGCGACCGUACCGCCGUCAAGACCGCCGAGAAGCGCGCCGCUGAUGUCGCUGCCGCCGUCCCCGUCAAGGACCUCCGCAAUCUCAAGUACUCCCACGACAUGCCCAUUGCGAAGAAGCCCGCCUCCAAGCGCGCUGCUGAUGUCGCUGCCGCCGUCCCCGUCAAGGACCUCCGCAACCUCAAGUACUCCCACGACAUGCCCAUUGCGAAGAAGCCCGCCUCCGCAUAA